AUGACCCUGAACGAUAUGCCAGAUGAUAUUCUGAUCCGUCUUCUGAACACCGCUUCCCCGACGGACGUCAGCCGAACGAAGCGUCUCAACAAGAGGUUCAAUCAGCUUAUAAACACGUUCAAUUUGGGAAAACCGCAUGUUAAGGAGUUUUGCGUUGAAUCCCGCAUUGCCAACACUUGCCCCACUAAAAUCGGACGUCUCCGACUGGGACCCUCCUCCACAGCUCCUAAACGAAGAAUCGUUGUAACCAUGACAAGAGAUCGAGGUGUCAAGAGAACCGAACGUCUGGAAGAUCCAUCUUGCUCAACUUCGGCAAACAAAUUCGUUCAAGAAAACCUACGAAGCGUCGAGCUGGAUGAAAAAUUGUCGUUCGACGGUCUCACGAUUGAUGACGCUUUCUACAGGAUGUUGACAAUGAAGAAGGAUGGAUUGAGACAUGUCACCACCAUCUCGCUGUCCCUAUGUCACAUCCGUCUCUCAUGGACACAGUUCACCGACUUGUUGGCUCGAAUGACCGUCAAACAUCUCUACAUUGAUUUUUGCACAUUCGAUCCGUCUCUUAUUUCUGACAAGGUUCUGAUGUCGUUACCGUAUCUAGAUACACUACAAAUCCAAUCGAGGUAUCCAUGCUUCUUGAAUGAGCUCACGGAUCAGACACUAAUAAACUGGGCUACAAAUUCGAAUGUUCCGCGGACGAUUCAACUGAGAAAUGGAUGUGCAAGCCGGAUUACUGUAGAAGGCAUCAAGAUGAUGACCAUGAGAUCCUUGCAAGCCACCACAUCCCAACCACCGUCUUCAAAAAUCGACUGGGAUUUCGGCCUUCUUUUAGAUCCCGCUCAAUCUGAAGCCUCGCUCCUUUCCCUACUCCUGUGCCCUGGCAUCGAAUCGAAAGUCACCGAUGACUUCAGAUCCCGACGCAUCACGAUGAGCCGUCAGAAUCUUGCACUACAGUUUUCGCUCCCUUCCCCAUUUCCAAUAGAACCAAUUACAGCUGCCUAG